AUGCCCAGGAAAGACACGCUUCUGAAAUGCAGGGCCUUUGUACGCAAGUCGAGGCGUCACUCCCGGUCAUCUUCGGAGGAAGAGGAUGACGGCGACAGCGAAUCGUUCACCUCGUACGACUCGCCACCACCGCCGAAGCACACCAAAACGAAAAAGAGCAAGAAGAAGUCGUACCGUAGCCCGGUCGCGAAGAGAGGUGGCUCCAAGAAGUCCAAGACAGGCUCCACUAAAGUGAGGAAGUCUUCAAAGAAGAACAGCACUUCAGCCGGAAAGAAAAGAUCGAAGGUGUCGCUCGGCACCAAAGCUUCGUCGACGAAAGCGCAGUCGAAGAGAAAGCACUGGAGUGACUCAUCGUCUUCUUCGUCGGCAAGUGACUCGCCGGAACGCAGGCAGAAACGCAAGCUGAAGACUGUCAAGAAAGGCAAGACGAAACGAAAGAAGUACAAGUGA